GGAGGGUGCGUAGAGCGCCCGAGUGCCAGGAAAAGAGGCGACUCCAAUCAGCAGCGUCGCUCCUGGCUCACUUUCCCCGGCUGACGUCAGCUGCCUGCCUGGCUCCUCUGAGCUCUCGGCUCUCCCCUCCACCACCGCACACGGCGCCGCGUCAAAAUGCUGCUCUCUGUGCCGCCCAGGACCGGAGGAGUGAACGCGUACAACGGCUACCCGGGCAAAAGCGUCAAGAAGCAGACAUAUGUGUCUCCGUCCAAUCAUCAGAUGGCUCCACCAAGUCCGAACAGCAACAGCGGCAACACCAGCACCAUCAGCAACGGCAGCAACAGCAGCAAUAAUGGCGGGGAGCAGCUGAGCAAAACCAACCUGUACAUCCGUGGCCUCCACCCCGGAACCACAGACCAGGAUCUGGUCAAACUCUGUCAGCCCUAUGGGAAAAUUGUAUCCACGAAGGCUAUACUGGACAAGACAACGAAUAAGUGCAAAGGCUAUGGCUUUGUUGACUUUGACAGUCCAGUCUCGGCUCAGAAGGCAGUGACAGCACUGAAGGCAGUGGGCGUGCAGGCUCAGAUGGCCAAGCAACAAGAGCAGGACCCCACCAAUUUGUACAUUUCCAACCUGCCGCUCUCCAUGGACGAACUGGAGCUAGAGAACAUGCUGAAGCCCUUCAGUCAGGCCAUUUCCACGCGCAUCCUGCGGGACGCCAAUGGAAUCAGCCGGGGAGUGGGCUUUGCCAGGAUGGAGUCAACAGAGAAAUGUGAGGCCAUCAUCCAGCAUUUUAAUGGAAAAUAUAUCAAGAUUCCACCUGGAGUUUCAGUUCCACCAGAGCCUUUAUUGUGUAAAUUUGCUGAUGGAGGCCAGAAGAAGCGUCAGAGUCAAGGAAAAUAUCUACAAAAUGGACGAAGCUGGACCAGAGAUGGAGAGAACGCUGGAAUGACCCUCACAUACGACCCCAGCACAGCCUUACAGAAUGGGUUCUACUCCUCUCCUUACAGCAUCACUCCCAACCGGAUGAUCGGGCCAACUUCCCUUUCUCCUUACAUGCAUUCACCUGUGUCCGCCUACCAGGUACAUAACCCCUCCUGGCUACACCACCAGUCAUACAUCAUGCCGCCCACUGGAGCAGUCCUGACGCCAGGGAUGGACCACACCAUGUCCAUCCAGCCCACGUCGAUGAUGGGGCCACUGGCACAGCAGCUCAGCCACCUCUCACUGGGAAGCAGCGGCACAUACAUGCCUGCAAACACAUCUAUGCAAGGGACGUACGUUCCCCAGUACACCCAAGUGCCUCCCACCAACAUCUCAGUUGAGGAAAGUGCCGUCCAACAGCCUGUUGCAAUAGAGACGCCCACUGAACACACAAGCUACUCUUACCAGCAUAACAAGUGAAGACAACAAUCUCUCUUUUGAAGAGCAAGGACUGUUACACAGAAAGGACUCUUUUUAUUUUUUUUUAAUUUUCAAGCAACACUUUUACUCCAGUCUGAUAAAGAUGGUGAAUGUCAGGCUAUAUGGCGCUUGGAUGGACAGAAGUAGGCAACUCUAUUUUGAUAAACACACAUUUCAAGCAAACAUGUUUUGUUCUGUUGUGAGCUACAAUGAUAUGACCUUUUCUGUUUGCUUUUUGUUGUACAUAUUUUUGUUUUGGGUGUGAUUCUCGCUUCUUGUUCCCUAAAUGGUUGUAAAACACUAAGCUUAAAAAAAAAUCCAAAUUGAGUCAUUUAAAGAGCCAUUCACUCACAAUCUUGACAGAUAACACUCCUCAAAUUGGGGCGAGUAGGGGGAUGAUACAGUGGCAGUUGAGUCAGUUAUGAAACAUAAUCAGAAGAGACAGGGAAGUGUUGCUCUCAAGUCAUUUCCAGAUGCAACCAUCUACGACGACGCUUCAGACAAUCAGACAAUUCCUGUAAACACGGUGCUUGAUUACGGAGAGAAGAGCAACAUUGAUUAAAAUCAUUCCAGUGAAUACAUUUGCUCUCCACACAGAGCUGCCUGUACAUAGAACAGUUGAUGUACUAAUCACGUUGAGUUCCGUAGUACGGUAAUCCCUCAUUUCUUUUUAAUAUUCUGACUGUCUGCCUGCACAUCACAACUGGUGCAUUUUUUACACCUGGAUCAUUUUAUUAAAAAAAAAAAAAAAAAAAAAAAAAAAAAAGGCUGACGUCUCCCAAUCUUCCACUUGUUUUUCAGCCAAACUGUCUAAUCCAUAAAGUAAAUAUGGACAUCAAGUGUAAAAAGCUUAGCUCUGACUUUUUGCGGCAGUUUGCAUGAUUUCUUACUGGCAUUUUUCUGAGUCUGCUUUUUGUUUUUUUUGGUGCUGUUUUUGUAUUAUUUAAAUGUUUUCUAUUUUAUUCAUUUAUUAUGCUUUUCAGAUUCAUCCUAUUUUUCAAAGAAACCUUGAUUUUUAUUUUUGAUAGUGUGUUGUGUUCAUCAAAUAGAUGUUUCCAUCUUUAUGAUAUGUUUGCACACUUUGUUGUUUUAUUUGACUUUCUGUGUCAUUCUGAUUUCAAUCAGUGUCAAAGAGGCUUUAAUUUUUCUUUCCAGAUGUUUCUCUUUUGUCUGUUACAAACUUCAAGAGCUUGACUCCUGAUCUGGAAUCAAUUCUUUGUUUUUGAGGCUACAUUUACACAAUGUUCCCGGCAGCCUAAUACUGUAUGCCCGAAACAAAGUGCGGCAUAGGAUAAUGGCCAUUUUUUUUGUCAAGUCUUGUAAAGUUUUCUCACAGUGUAUCACUGUGUCCAUGACGGGCAGUGGAAAAAGGGCACUACAUUUUGGCCCUCGGUUUACCACAAAUGCCAACUUCGUUCCAUCCUGGCUCGUCCCAUUCUGAUGGAUGAAAUGUGAACAGCGGGCAGCUUUGGAGCAUUUAUUGCCGCAACUAAGUCAUAUGAAGCUCAUGGCGCGGCCCCAGCGUCGGCGUCAGUGCACCGCCAUGCAUGUAUACUGCUACUCACUAAAUAUUUGAGAAUGGGUUUUCUGUCAAUAACUAAUUCACUCAUCGAUAUUUUGUCCCACACCAUGCAAAAUAGUGCGUUAUUCACAUAAAAUGCAAAUGCACACAUAUUCAUCAAUAAAGCAAUUGCCAUGGCGGGCAAUGUAGGCGAAUAGAACUAAAAACAUUAGCUUUAGAAGAGUUGUUGGUGGCAAAUGUGAUAUUUUGUUGUAAAAAUAUGCCGACCGUCUUUAAAGUUGUGUUACGCCCUAUUACGUACUGUACUGUAAAGUUUGUGUUCAACCCGUCUUACAACGGCGGACUAGGUUUCUCAAUGUUUUGACAAUUUAAACAUCUCACCGGGAAUCCACAGCAAUCACAGCACGUCACGUUUGCCCAUCCCAUCCCCCCACGUUGUGACACAACUGUCCCGUUUCGUCCUUAGCGUCCUGAAACGGGGCUGCCAUGGCUGCCAAGAACAUAGUGUAAAAGUAGCAUGAAGGUUUAGAUGCUAAAAACAAACUUACCUCAUCCACAGAUUCAGUUUUGUAUAAAAGGCUUGCAGGCAAUAAGCAGUUUUAGUGGGCUGUUCACAGCUGGUACUGUGUCAAUAUAUCCUGUACACCUUCCGUCCAAACAUCGCUAAUCCUGUCCAAGGUCUGAUGAACUAUGCAAUUAAUUUAUUGUCCUUACAAAUGCAAUAGUGCAGUUACCUACACUUCCCAAAAAAGAAAUGACCUCACAGUAGGCCUAGAGGCGCACUUAUAUAAUACAGCGACAAAUAGAGACUGCAAAAAAAGGGAACUUGUUGUGUCACGAUGUGGUUUUUUUUUUACUGUAGAAACGCUACAAUCUCGUCGACAUUGAGGCAUUUACCAGCCGGCAUUGACAGUUUUGUUUUGCUAAGGUCGCCCAUGUCUUGUGUGGUCUGUUGGUGUUCCUUCUCACCCUGCAAUUGACCUUUCGCUAAGCCACACCCCGGACACACCGACUGGCCAAUCAAAGCGAAAGGGCAAUUGAAGUCAUCUCCGUGAACCAUAAAGCUGCUCCAGCUCGUUUUCAGGGCUAAAUUUCGAAUCACGGUAAUGCCUUAGAUCCACUGGAAAGAUGGAACUGAUUGGCUGACUUGAAAUGGUCACGUUGUUGGUUAUGUAGAGCCACUUGGAGCUUACAUCUUUGACACAAAGUCACAUUCAGUGCAUUUUAUUGUCGCUUUGUGUCCACGGUCAUUCCAUUUUUUUUUUGUUAUUCAAAAUGUUGAGGUGGCUCACUGGGAUUAAUGAUCGAUUGCUGCUAAUUUUGGAUAACUCCGUUUUUUAAAUCUUUUGCUACAUCAAAUAUUGGGGUCAGUUCACAUUUCAAUUUGUGUCUGUGCCAUGAUGCAGCCCUUCACACCUGCUCCUUCGGAGAACCUCAACAGCUAUUAACUUUGAUGAACUGUCCAUUUUUUAAAUAAAUGUUGACCUCCACCAAGGAGGCUUAUGUUUUCA